GCUGUCACUCGAGAGGCGCGCGGCGGGGCAGAGCGCGCGGCUACCAUGUCCGGCUCCGGCAGCGACCGCGGCGACGCACCUCGGCGCUCCCGAAGCCAGCAGCUCGGCUCCCCCGACGGCGCCCGCGGCGGCACUCCUCGACGCCGGACGCCUCGGGAGCGAGCGGGCGACGGGCGAGGCAGCGAAGAAGAGGACGGGGCGGCCGGAGGAGCAGCAGGAGCGGAGGGCGCCUUGCCGGGGCCGUCGGGCGGCAGCGACGGCGACGAAGCGGACGAAGCGACGCGGCGGCUGCUCCGCCAGCAGUACCGGGAGCUCAUCUCCUCCGUGCAGCAGAAUCGUGAAAUGAUGCUGAGCACCAGAAAUGAUAAACUGACAGAGGCUUUGGAAGAUGCGAAUAAACUAUUUACAGGAGUGUCCUGGGCAAGGGAGGCUGCUUUGGAUGCUCAGUUCCUAGUUUUGGCAUCAAAUCUAGGAAAGGAAAAAGCAAGCCAGUUGCAUUCGGAUAUGUCAGUAUUUGAUCCAUCUGAGUUUGCUGAAGAUUUAUUAUCGUUUAUGGGUUUAAAUCGCCUGGAAAGAGAAAACAGCGAUAGCGAAGAAGAGCAGACUGAUGGUGGAUUUUUGCCUAGUGAUGCUUGGAUUAAACUAGGUCAAGAAGCAAUGAAGUAUUUUAGAAGAGCACCCGUUUUCCACUGCAUGUUGGGCACUUUUACUGCUGAUCCUCCUGUCGAGAGGCCACGAGUUGAGAGGCAACGGAAGAAGCCAGGAUCAAAAGAGGAAGGAAGGGCAAUGCCUGCACAGUUGAAUAAAAUGGAAGAAUCUCAUGAGGAAGCUACAGAAAAAGAAGUGGAGAGGAUCUUGGGACUCUUACAAGCUUAUCACAGAGAAGAUCCUAAUAAUCCAAUAUCCUUCCUUGAGUUUGUGACUGAUCCAGAUUCUUUUGCACGAACUGUGGAAAACAUGUUUCACGUUUCAUUCUUAAUAAGGGAUGGACUUGCAGGAAUAAAGCUGGAUCAGGAUAAGCUUCCUGUAAUAGAGCCUUUAACGCCUGAAGAAGACAAUGACCAGGAUGCUCAAGCACGGAAACAAGCAGUCAUAACGAUGAGUUAUCAAGAAUGGGAGAAUAUUGUGAGGAAUUUUGAGAUUUCACAGCCCAUGAUUCCACCUGCCAGAAAGACUCAGAUAUCAGAUGGAAACAGAGAGAAUGCAUCCUAACGCUCUAUAAGAAGACAGUGCUGACCAGUUUCCUGUUUGAAGUUUUGCCAGGAGGAUGGCAGAAUCCUUUUCUAUUUCUGGAUCGGAUAUUUGAAUAGGAGAAUCUCUGUCUCUCCAGGUGAUAAUGUAUUAUAUAUGUGCUUUAACAGCAAAAGAGUUUGAAAUUAAAGGGUCUGCCCUUCUGUAUGUCAGUUCUGCAAGUGAUGUUUUUACAUGUUUCAACUUCAUUUCAUUGAAGAUUUAAAAUGACUCCAUCCCAGCUCUUUUUGGGGGAUGGUUCCAUUGUAAUCUGAACAGUGUUGAGUACAUGUUAAUUGCAAAUGAGCUCUUCUGCCUUUGGUAUAAAUCAAAGAUAUUGGUGUUUAUUUAGCCACAUCAGAUUUUGAAUUCCAUCAUCUGUAUAUGAUGAUGGGGAAAGGGGGGAGAGAGUUUAGAAAUGGAAAGCUAAGAAGAGAGCAUGAUACAUGUAUCUUUCUGCAUGAUAGAACCUCCACAGCUGGCUGAAUGAGUGCAUCAAGGUCUGCUUCAUUUGAAACUGCUUCAAUUGCAAUUUUCCUGUACAUCUCAAAAUAGAUACACAUAUGCAUUUGUGUUGUGCUCUAUGAAUGCUACUUCUGGUGAAGGGAAGAAGGAAGUGGCAUGUCCGAGAAACAACUCUGGUGGGGAUAUUGUUAUUUUUCUAAUGGGAGAGUUCGCAUGUAAUGCAAAGCUCAAACUAUGGUUUGAACAAGCAAGCAUACUGGUGUGUAUUCAGAAAAUUGUGGCUGCUUUGCUCAUCCCCCGAUCACAUUGCUGCCAUGCUACUUGAAGCUAAGCCAUGGUCUGACAUAGCAUUAUGUUGGAGCCUUGGCUCGUGGUUUGCUUCUCUUCAAGCAAACCAUGAACCAGUAAGCCAAGAACAAGCCUUGGUUACAGCUUGUGGAGUGAAAUAAGCAUGGUUUUCUAAACUUGCACCAAUGUGACUGAUAGUUUAUAAGCCAAAUUAGGACAUGCAAACAAUGCCAUAGAAUGUAAUAAAAUGGAAGUUUGCUUUGAAUUUUUUUUGUACGUUACAUAACCCUAUUGCAGUGUAACUUAGUUGUCCUUCAGCCUAUAGUAGCCUCCCUUCCACAUGCAUACAGCUACCCAUAUUUGUAGACAAAUGUGCCUUAAAAUCUAAAAGAAUCAAGAAGAUCCAAUUACUGCAUUUGGAUUAUCGGGUUUGGGGUAACCAUGUAUUCCUGGAGCUGCCUUGUUUAUGGGCCACAGAACUUGCUAUCUUUUUAAAAAACUAGUUAGUUUCAGCUACAUGAAAAUCCAAAGCAAAGUGAUAAUUCAAGAUUAUAUGAAAGGGGUCUGGGAACAAAAUACACAGGUAUAGAUGUAAAACCAAAUUGUACUAUAUAUUAGAUUUGAAUUUAUACAAUAUUUUUCUACAAACUGUGCUGAAAACAAUGAUAUAACAGCCAUAACAGUU